AUGGGUCAAGCUCUGGGCAUACCUGAUAGUGGACUGUUAUUGCAAAGGGAUCCUGUUUCAGUCAUAGAUCCUAAUGAACCACUUGACAAGCUUCUUCGCAAUAAAAGAUUUCGUCAGUCUUUUAUGGCAUUUGCUGACAGCUGUUUGGCUGGGGAGAGUCUGCAUUUCUAUAAUGAAGUGCAUGAGCAUGAUAAAAUUCCUGUAGAUGACCCUGUAAGAAGGAUCUAUAUGGCACGGCAUAUCAUUGAGAAGUAUGUUGUUCCAGGUGCAGCAAUGGAGGUGAACAUAUCUUAUCGAACCCGACAAGAAAUACUGACCACCACCAAUUUGGCACACCCUGAUUUGUUUAAUAAUGCACUAAAUGAACUGAUGCAGCUGAUGAAGACGAAUUUGGCAAAAGAUUACUGGUCAUCCAUGUUUUUCAUCAAAUUCAAAGAAGCCAAUAUGAGAUCCAACGGCCAUGAGCUGGAAUCGAUGACGGGUUGGAACUUCUCUCCUCGAUUGAGUUCUGUGCAUGGUGCGGAUGAUCCAUUCCACCAAGAGCAUGUUUUAAAGGGCUCUGGCUUUGAUAAUCAUGACUUGCACACACAAUAA